GUCAUUUUCAGUUUUGCGCAGAUUCGUACGCAUUCCAUUCUGCCGCAGGAACAAAACAAACCGCCGUGUUGGUCCGUGAUAUGAGGUUGUCCCACGUCUGUACGAGAUUUCGUCCCGCCUGACGUCAUGUCUGCUGAUGCAGACCCGGAGCUGCUGGAUCUCGUGUCCAAAAACCUAGAGGAAGAGGGAUAUCUGUACAAAAUGCGUGCUCAACUCCGAGCGAAAAUUUUCCAAACUUUGGAGAAUCAGUUGAACCCUCAGAAACCGCCCGCUCGAACGCAACUCCAAGAGUUUUUGGGUACCUCUGAGGGGUUGAUCGUCGCCAGUUUGGUGAAAGAUUUCCUCGACUUUUACGGCCUUGGCUAUGCAGAUGGAUACUUCCAGCCUGUUGCUGCCUGCGGAGUUGAUUUUUUUGCCAGUCCUAGGGACGACUUAUCAAAGCAGCUGGGAAUACCAGAAGAAAACGGCAAAACAAAACAGCCAUUGUUAUCCUAUUUGAUUGUGAAGCACAACAGCGCCGAGUCUAAAGCCGCCUCCAACGAGACUUUUGUCAAAAGCAACGGUGAUUUGUCUGCGAAAAACUCUCCGUCCAAGUGCAAUGACUCUUUAAGCAGUGAGUCAAGUCCUAAGGUGCCAGAGAGUCCUAUCAAAGAUGUGCUGACCGUGCCAGAGGCAAAGUUGGUCAAUGGCAACUCGUCGGAAAAUGUGCUGAGCACAGUAAAAAAACUUGAAAUCAACAACGAUAGGUUGUCACCUGGGCUCUCAGAGAUACCUUCGAUGCUCAAACCACCUGUGAGUUUGGUUGCUUCAGAGCAACUUAAGUCGCUGACUGACACAGGAUCUCUAGAAGACUCCCUUGAUCACUAUGAAGAAGAUUUUCAGUCUUCAGCAACUCUGAGUCCCCGUGAAUCCCGGCAGGCUGCUGCUAGUGUUAGUGAAAUUGAAGAGGUCAUCUCAGAAGUCGUCAGCAAUAGUGAAUCUACAGUCGAAGAGCUGACCAUAGAUGCAACAAUAUCAUUGUCAAGCGGAUUUUUCGGAGAUCACAUGCAGUCUGUUUAACCUAAUGCUAAUUUUAUUGGCGAAAUUACUUUUAUUGUGUCUUUUGACGAGUUUCAAAAUCUCUUUACUCCAGAGGCGUAGAUUAUGGUUGGGCUGGCUGGAAAUUCGAGGGGCCCUUGGCCCAAGUAUGAAUGAUAUUUUAGUGUGUGACAAAAAAAUUGAAAUAUUCUCGCUCCUCUUGCAAUCAUUUUCAUGAAAAUUAAAAAAAAAAAAAAUCAUUCAAACUUGGACUUAUCGAGGGUCCUUUUGGGGCCCGGGGCACACUAUUUAAAAUCCUAAACAGACCAUUCUGAUCAUUUCUAGCUAGUUCCGAAAGUUUUUUUUACACCCUCCUUCCUGUUUGCACUUUGCUUUGCAACAAAAAAUUUUCAUAUAUUUUGGCGACCCUUAAAAAAUCCCUAACAGAUCAUGCUGAUCAUUUCUGGCUACUUUUUCCGAAAACAUUUGUUUACACCCUCCCCCCCGUUAGAACUUUGCGUCGGAACAAAAAAAUUUCAUAUUUUUUGGCGACCCUUUAAAAAUCCCAGACCAUUCUGAUCAUUUCUGGCUACUUUUUCCAAAAGCAUUUUUUUUUUACACCCUCUGGCUUCUUCCUGUGAACGCUUUUUUCCCCUUCACAAAUGAAUUGAUGAUUUCUAUAAAUUAAUUAGUUUUUUCGCUUGAAAAAAUUCAGUAAAAUUUCGCGCUCGCUUCGCUCACAAAAUUUUUUUUGUUUGCGUUCAUACGUUUUUAAAGUGGUUCUCGAAAACAGAAAAAAGCUAUUAAAAUGAAAAGAUAAAAAUAUUGGGAAGGGGGGCAAAAUAAUUAAUUUCCAGGGGCCCUAAAACGUGAAUCUACGCCUCUGCUUUACUCAACGAUUAAAUUUAAAACUACAGUUGCGUAUUUCCCACCAGUUUUACCUUUUGUUUUGCUCAAAUUCCACUUUUUGCGUGCAAUUUUAAGCUAUCCAAUCAAUGUUUGGUCCACUAGUCACAAUGUUUUUGAGUUGUUAACGUAGAUUUUUUGCAGUAGAAAAAUUUCCUCCCGUUCGCAAGCAAUUUUUUUUUUGUCUCCGUAAUAUUUAUUGUAAAAAGUGUAAAUAGAGAAAUGUUUGAAGACAGUUGACACCUUUGUUCAACAAUUAAAUAAAUCCAAAAGGUUUUAGCUAAAAUCAA